UUGGAAACGAUCAUGCGUUCACCCUGACCUCUAUGUAGUCUUUAGCUUCGCCACAUUGCUAGGGACGGUGCGGUUCUUCGUUGAAUUGUGUAGUUUGUUUCUUGGGUUUUAUAUCUUGUCUUAACAGAAUAUUCACAACCGUUGUAAACAAAUAUGGCCCCAAGAGGAAAUAAUAUGAUCCCUAAUGGCCAUUUCCAUAAGGAUUGGCAAAGAUUUAUCAAGACCUGGUUUAAUCAACCUGCUCGCAAGUAUCGCCGAAGAAUAAAGAGGGUCAAGAAAGCUAGGGCCUUGGCUCCAAGACCAGCAACUUUACUGCGUCCUGCUGUUAGGUGCCCUACUGUGCGAUACCACACAAAAUUGAGGGCUGGCAGAGGCUUCACAUUAGAAGAAAUUAAGAGGGUUGGAUUGUGCCCUGGAUUUGCGAGAUCUAUCGGGAUUGCUGUCGAUCACAGGAGAAGGAACAAGUCAGUCGAGUCUUUACAAUUAAAUGUACAACGUCUGAAGGAGUAUCAAGCUAAGCUAAUCUUGUUCCCAACCAAGAAGAGCAAGAAGGUGAAGAAGGGAGAGGCUUCGGCCGAAGAACAAGCUUUAGCUACCCAGGUAUCUUCACCUGUGAUGCCGAUCAAGCAAACCGUUGUAAAAUAUAAAGCCAGAACUAUUACUCCUGAGGAUAAGAGCUUCUCUGCUUAUGGAGCUUUAAGAAAGGCAAGGGCUGAUGUGAGACUUGUUGGAAUCAGAGCUAAAAGGCUAAAGGAAGCAGCUGAUAACCCUGAAACUGUUGAGAAGGCUGCUAAACAGAAGAAAGUUAAAGCAAAAUAAAUAUUGUAAAUAAAUUUUUUUGAUUAUUCUUCAUUUUGUUUUUAUUUUCAAACAACGUAAGCUGUAGGUGUCCAAGUUUCAUAUAAUAAAAUAUCUCUGAAAAGUUU